AUGGCUAUCUCCGGCUGGGGAGUGUUCCUCAUCAUUCUAGUGCUUGUCCUGGUUGCAGCAGGAGGAGGUUACGUAUUAUACGCCCACUACCGAGCGCGCAAGCUAGGCUUACCAGCACCAAACUUCAACCCAUUCAACCGGAAACCGAGAGAGUCGCCAUUAUAUCGCGCGCCAGCACCUGCACCAUCGGGUGUCAUUGGAUGGGUGACCGACAAGUUUAGCUCAUUGCGCAGCGGCCGAACCACGACGGGCGCAUAUGAGAGCACAGGGUACGGAGCCGGCGGAAGGAGUGGGACCGAUAGGAGAGGCUUUGGACCGCUAGAUCCGGACGAAGCUUGGGAUGCGCGGGUGGACAACGAGACUGGAGGGUAUUACGAAGAGCAGGAGCUUGGUCUACAGGAUCCCAGCCACGGUCCGUACGGCGGCGGAGGCUACGGCGACGUUGGUGUAGGUGUAGGCGGGAUCGAGGAGGGCAGAGGUCGGAGUAGGAGCCGACAGCGCGAACUCGACAACCGGUACGAUGAGGAGGUACACAACGGCGGCGCGAGGUUAAAUCCAUUCGGCGAGCAGGCUGAAGCGAGCAACAUGAGCUUGCGGAGUGUGAGCCCAAGGCCGGAUAUGCCGACGAGUGCCCCGAGAGCACCAAGCCAUAAGCGAGGGCAAAGCAGCUUGAACACGACUGGGAGCGAUGAUUCUCCGACUGAGCGGAGGAGUAUGUUCCGGGAGGACGUGUGA